GUUUUUUACUCCGCAAAACCUCCUCGUCUGGACUAACUGCUUAAGACAGAGGAGGGAGGGCGGUCUGGAGCGGGUCUGAGAGAAGCUUGGUCCGGUUUGGAACGGGUUUGACCCGGUCUGGACCCUUGGUAAAGAGAGCCGGAGGGAAAGUUUGCUUCAGCUUCGGUUCACGUCUCUGCAGCGCCGCCGGCAGUCAUGUUCAGGUAGAGACCGGCUCCACGGCGCCCACCAUGCGGAAGCAUCUGGACAGGAUCCGGUUCCGGGGCCAGAGACGGGACGAGUUCCUGGAUCUGGUCGAUUCGCCCAACACGUCGGACACCGAAUGCACCGAGGAGGCCGUGACUAAAGCUCCGGUCUCCGUCAGAGAGCCGGAGGAGCAGAGGGAGGCGGAGGGAGAGCAGCAGAGUGACGCCCAGGCUGGUCCAGGAUCCUUUUGUGCAGCUCUCCAAGACGACUCGAGGACAGACCUUAACGAGGUCAAAGGUCACCUAGAAAUCGCCUUGUUAGAGAAACACUUCCUACAGGAGGAGCUGAGGAAACUUAAAGAGGAGUCCAACGUGGACUCCCUGAGACAGGAGCUGGAGAGGGAGCGCAGCAGGUGCAUCGAGCUGGAGCAGAAAAUCAACGACGUCCUGAAACCCAGACUCGAAGACUCCCCUUCUCAGACACCCAAAGCCCCGUCUCCUCCUCCUCCUCCACCUGCAGUCAGCAGUACAGACAAACAGAAGGACGCUUUGUCCAGCAGCUUCCUAAAAUGGCUUUAUGAUCGUUUCGGCGUUUAUAUCGAGGACUUCAGCUUCCAACCGGAGGAGCAGACGGUGGAGGCGGAGGAGCCGCUGAGUGCCAAGAGGUUGACUGAAAACAUGAGACGGCUCAAACGAGGAUUCAAACCUGUGACCAACUUCAAGAGGAACCUUACUGCCCUAUCCAGCUGGAACUCUGUCUACACGUCGGCCAUCGCCUUUAUUGUCUACAUGUACGCAGCGUGGCACGGCUGGGCCGUCCCCAUGUUCCUGUUCCUCGCCAUCCUCCGACUCUCCUUAAAUUGCCUCAUCGCCAGAGGCUGGAGGAUCCAGUGGAGCAUCGUUCCUGAAGUCUCAGAGCCUGUGGAGCCUCCUAAAGAAGACCUGACUGUCUCGGAGAAGUUCCAGCUGGUUCUGGACGUCGCUCAGAAAGCCCAGAAUCUGUUUGGGAAGAUGGCCAACAUCCUUGAGAAAAUAAAGAAUUUGUUCAUGUGGGUUCAGCCAGAGUUGACUCAGAAGCUGUACAUUGGUCUGUGGGUGGCCUUCAUCUCCUCCUGCCUGCUGCCGUUCAAACUGCUGGGAUUCUUCAUAGGUGUGUACGCAGGUAUAAAGUUCUUCAUCAUCGACUUCAUCUUUAAGAGUUGUCCCAAGCUGCGGCAGCGCUACGACACGCCCUACAUCAUCUGGACCAAUUUACCCACCGACCUGCAGCUGAAGGAGCGCGGCAACACCACGCUGAGCAGACGGCUGUCUGAGUGUGAACAGCCCACUGCUACGAGCGUCCGAGGGAGCGUCGGCGCUGCCGCUACUCUGGGCGUGAGCCGGGACGAGGAUGGAGGACGCUAUCACGGCACCAAGAGAGGAGUUUUUCACGAAGUCUUCAACCUGCCGGAGAGUGAGCGCCCUCUAACAGUGUGUGAGAACGGCUGGCGCUGCUGCCUCAUCAACAGAGACCGGAAGACACCGACAGACUACAUCCGCAACGGAGUCCUCUACGUCACCGAGAAUCAUCUGUGUUUCGAGAGCUCCAGCUCCAGGUCUGGAUCCUCCAAGAGGAACAAAGUCAUCAAACUGCUCGACAUCACUGACAUCCAGAAGUACAAAGUUUUGUCUGUGCUGCCUGGAUCUGGGAUGGGCAUCUCCAUAGCGACACCAUCCACCCAAAAGCCGAUGGUGUUCGGCGCCAUGAUCCACAGAGACGAGGCCUUCGACGCCAUCUUCACUCAGUACAUGAAGAUCGUCACCAUGGCCACAGCCACCGAACCGGAGACAUAGUAAUGCCGUCGCGCGACGGCUGCCUUUGCACGCACAAACACUGGACCUGUUUCACUGUAUUCGCCAGUGACGUCUUGAAACCGCUGCUGGCGUAUGAUUGAGCUGCUCACGCGUGAUCAGGGUCAGCUCUUCAGUCAUCAAACUCAAUGAUCCCGUGAUAUCACUGAUUGAUUAAUAUAGAGCUCGAAUGGGGAAAAUCAAUUCUGGGGGAAAAAAAGAGGCAAUCAAAAAGUAGGCGGUGACCAUUGAGCUCUUUUACAUCAGCCAAUUCUAACAAAUCACUGCUUUUAUGUCCGAAUCGACCGAUAACCAUUCCAGUCACUGUUCUUAAACUUUUUCACAGAAAGCUCCCCCAAGGCAGACCGCGUUGCCUCUUUUUGAGUGUUAAUUUACCAGAAAUUCUCAAAUUAAUGGCUGGGAUUUAAAUCCCAAAUAAUGGUCGGGAAGGUGGCGUUACCUGAAACAUAAUGAUAAUAAUCUCACUUGAUUUCUGUACAACAGUCAUGUCACACUCACCACUCUGCUAAAAAUACUUUCUCUGUAUAAUACUAAUACCAUUCUCAAACACUGAUUAUUUCCAGUUGUUUCUUCUUUGCCGUUUUUUUUUUAAUUUAUUCUAUCCCUGUUACGCUGCAGUCAUUGAAGCUCAACACUUCCUGCACAGAUGGUUCACAUUAAAAGCCUUCCAAGGGCACAAUUUUUCUCUUACUUGAAAGGCUUUUAAUGUGAAACAUCUGUAGGAACACUGAUAACAAAAAUAAACCAAUGGUUGAUGAUCUGAAAGAAGAAUUUGUACAUUUGAAUGUUAUCACCGCAGUUUGUUCAGGCCGGUCAGCUGAACCAACGCACCUGUCAGGUGUAAACUCAGUUUACUUCCAUGGAUGGAGGUAUUGCACGGACAUAUAUUGCACCGGAAAGUUUACUACACAAUGUGUCAGUGCUGAAAUAACUACUCUUAAUAGAAAUUUUUGAUAAUUGAUCAAUCAUUUAAGUCACUGAUCAAUCGAAAACUCAAAUCAUUCUCUGUGUGCAGCUUCUCCAAUGUGAGGAUUUGCUGCUUUCCUUCGUUUUAUGUAUCAUUGUAAACUAAAUAUAUUUUAAAGUUUAGGACAGUUGGUCGGACAAAACAGCCUUGAAAUUUGUUAAUACUUUUAUAAGUUAAUAAAGAGACAAACCUAUUGAAACAAACAUAACAACACUUGACAGGGCGUCGUCCUUGUUAAAUUUAAAGCCUUUAUGUGAAGGACUUGAACAUUUCUGACUUUGGCGACAACUAGUGGCGGUAUCAGAAAUCACAUUUUGACCCCCUGGAUUCAACAAUUUUACCCUAAAACUGAACUUUGUCACUUCAAAGUUCAGUUUUAUGGUAAAAUUGUUUUUUAUUGUUCCAAAGUGUUGCAAACUUGGCCACUUUCUCGCUAGAUUUAUUGACUUAUCAGACCCUCUUAAGGACUUCAUUUCUAAAAAGCGACUAGCGAACUUCAGACCAUCAGGGAAAAAGCGAGAUAUAUUAUAUUUUAAUUGACUUCCAUGCAUGCUGUUCAGAGUAAUCACAGCCCACGGCUCUUCUACCAACAGCUCGGGGUCUCUCCCUUGCGGCGUGCAGCCGACACAACUACUAAACUUUAUGUAAAUGGUCGGAUGACGUCAUCCAGCGACUUUUGGAGCUACUGCUAGCUACUUUCAUUGGAAAAGAGUUGGCAAGACUGGCUGCAACUAUCAAAUUAUUUUGUUGGGUCCUAAAACCAGUUCAAAGCUCCAAAAUAAUAAGUCAAUAAUGACAUUUAAGACUUUACUUACCUUCCUUACAUCCUAACUGCACCUUUACACUGAUAACUAUUACACAGGGAAGUUUACUACACACGUGUUAGUGCUGAAAUGGUUUUCUGAACGCAUUCCACCUACUUCUGAAGAAAAAAAAGUUUUUGAAAUAAAAAAAAUUUCUUACAGUAUUAGUAGAUAAACUUGUUUAAACCUCAUUAAUUUACAUUAGUGUCUUCAGGGAAUUGCAUUAUAUAACUCUGUAUUCAGCUACGCCUUACAGUCAGUUAAUAUUAUAGUAUGUUGCUGAUUUUUUUAUGUGGUGGUAAGAGGCUGUUUGUAUUAUAUAUGAAUGUUGUGAAACAUUUAGUGUAAACCACAAAGUUAACUUCAGCUUAACUUUUUUUGUCUUAGCUUAAAGGUGCUGUAGGUAGGAUUGUGAAGAUCCAGGAUUUAGCCAAAAAAACUUCUAAGCCCCUCCCCCCUUUCUGCUAAAGCCCAAAAUGGUCUCCUAAGCCC